CGCCGCGCCGCUGAGCAAGAAGCUCUUAUCGCAUCUGCCGCCGAAGAAGCACAAGACAUCCCGAACCUCAAAGCAGUCGAGCGCGAGAGCAUGCUGAAGCAAUUCGCUACUCGCAAGCUGGCCGAGAAGGAGAUCCGCGCCGAUGGUCAUUGUCUAUACUCUGCCGUCGCCGAUCAACUCGAACAACUAGGCAUGCCUUUGGGAGCUGCUCCUUCCGAAUCCCCCGAUGUUGCUAGCACAUUGGAGCCAUACAAGAUUGUACGACAAGCCGCUGCCGAGUACAUCGAAUCGCAUCCCAUGGAUUUUGCGCCCUUCUUGGAGGAGCCGCUCGAUUACUACAUCUACAAGAUCAAAAACACUGGAGAGUGGGGUGGUCAGCUCGAGUUGAUGGCUCUAGCCAAGAAAUACGGCGUCGCUAUCAGCGUGCUGCAAGGUGAUGGCAGAGUCGAAGAGAUCAACCCAGAGGGCGAUGCCGAGGAUAAGCAGUUGUGGCUGGCAUACUACAGACAUGGCUUUGGUCUGGGAGAGCAUUACAACUCGCUG